UUAAAACUUCGAUAUGUCUAUCCUCUUUGAUAACUUUCCGCUUAAUAUGAAAUUAGCGAUGAAAUGCUUAAACCACAUGUAUCGUUCUCAUAUCCGGAAUACGGCAGCUCCAAACGUCGUUAAGACAGGUUUUUGCUGGAGGGUCUCUCGUUAGAGGGUUAUCUUUGAAGGGUUAUGUCCUUUAAAAGUAUGUAAAUUCGACAACAGGUGGACGGUAACACAACCGGUGUUCGUCGCUGCACACUGUUUUUAGAGCUGCACCCGACAGCCUCCGGUCACUAAUGCGGCUGCCCUCCGUCCUUACCGGCGACGCCAUGAGAACUCUGACGUUUGCGUUAACCCUUGUUCGACAUGGGGAAACUCCAUUCAACAAACAGGGACUGUUACAAGGCCAGACUAUAGAUGCUCCUCUGUCUGAGACGGGGCUGCAGCAGGCUGAGGCUGCCGGCCGCUACCUGAGAGACGUCAGGUUCAGCAACGUGUUUGUCAGCGACAUGCUGCGGGCUCGACAGACUGCUGAGAUGAUAAUGAAACACAACAGCAGUUGUUCGAAUCUCCAAAUGGUGUGCGACCCUUUACUUAAAGAGAAAAGCUUUGGGACCGCAGAGGGUUUGCGGGUUCAGGACUAUAAGGAGAUGGCCAAAGCAGCGGGGGAGGCCUUUCCAGACUUCACCCCUCCAGGCGGGGAGACUCCGGAGCAGGUGAAGCAGCGGGUCAGAGGGUUUCUGGACAAAACGCUGCAGCACAUUGGCUCGGAGCACUGGCAGGCCAGAGGGCAGGAUGCCACCAGCCAAGCUGCACCCCCGGCAGCAUCUCCUGUGGAGGGGCGGGCGGAGGACGGGGCCGGGGGGCUCCCUGUGCACGCUCUGGUGGUCAGCCACGGCGCCUACAUGCGCGUGGCCCUGCGCCUCUUUGUGGAGGAGCUGGGCUGCCGGCCGCCUCCCGGCUGUGACCCGGAGCACCUGUUCUCCCUAAGUCCCAACACAGGCCUGUGUCGCUUCUUACUGAGCAUUAAGCAGGAAGGCAGCGCUUUCAUUUUGUCAGGAAUCUGCUGUGUAUUCGUCCACAGGAGGGACCACCUUGAGCAGUAGUCAGUUACAACUUCAGAGGUUUUUGUUCUCACUGUUUUCAGCAGUUAUGUUGAAUGUUAUUCGCACCUUGCUGCAUGUUUAGCGGGAGCACCAGCAGAUGAAGGUCACUCCUGUUCCUCUGCGCCGUUUGUUGGUUUUUCUAGCUAAAACAUCAUUAAAAAUGUUCAAAUUUGAUUGAAAAUAGGCCGGAAGAUAAGAGAUAAGGAGCCUUAAACAGAGAUUUGGAUUACCUAGCAAUGAGAUUACUUUUUAUUUUUUAAAAACAAGUGUACAUGGGCUGGACUGGUUACAAUAGAAUAAAAUACUUUAUUGAUCCCACAGUGGGAAAAUGUACAUAUUACAUCAGAAAAAAGGGGAAAAGCACAACCACAGUGGAGGGAUAAAUAAAUAAAGGUCAUUUAAAAUACAACAAAAUACAUAAAGGUAAAUAACAAGUGGGAUUUAUAGAAAAAUAAUGAUUAUUAGAAUUUUAAAAUGAAUUGAACACC